AAACGGCUGUUUGAGUGAUUUCUCCUCCCUCCUUCUCAAAGUGCUAAUGUCCCCGUUGCAACUUCCUAAGCAGCCUGCAAGAAAAGCAAAGAAGAAGAAAGGCACAUUCUGGGGCAUCGAGGUGGCUGAAACACUCAGGUGGCAUGGCUGGGAACUCGGAAAAGAGAUGAUCAAACAUCUGAUCUUGAAAAAUGUUCAUAAGAAAACCCAGAAGCUGAGCUACAGAUGUCCUUCCACGCGAUUCUUCUUCACAGUUUUUCCACAGCCGAUCACUCUGAGCCCUGGUAUGUCCUUAACUCUGCCCAUCGUUUUCCGGCCCACUGAAAAGAGGGAGUAUGAGGACAGCAUCUGCUUUAAGAAGGCUGAGGGUGAGUUCUCUGUCACCCUGUGUGCUACACUUCCACGCCCCUGCCUGUCCUUCCCAGCUGCUGUCCAGUUGCCUGUCUGUGCUGUCCACAAUGUCACAGAGACAACAUUCCCUGUGCGUAACAUCGGUGAUCUUGUUACUGUGUUUUCCUGGGAGACACCGAGCCCUUUCUACAUGAUUCCUGACUGUGGCAUGCUGAACCCAGGUGCCGAGUGCAUGGUCAAGGUGGUCUUCCAACCCAAGGUGGCUGUGGUGUAUGAAGUGGCAGCAAUAUGCUGGUUUGGAGGUGAAGAGAAACAAAAGAGGACUAUCCAACUAAAAGCCCUGGCCAAAUACCCCUACUUGCGGGUGAGUGUGACAGAGGAAGAGCAUGAAGGUUCUGGAGAGCCUGGGAGGUUUCAGGAUGUGCUAUGCUUUGGAUCAGUGCCAGUGGGGACAACUGUGGAGAAGUGUGUAGAAAUCUUCAACAUGUCUGUGGUAGAUGCACCAUGUAGGAUAGAAAAAGCUAAAGACCCUCUGGUUCGAGAUCAUGUUUUCUCCUGUGUUCUGUCUCAUGGUGUUGUCCCUGCCAAAGGGAAGCUGGCUUUGUGCAUACGAUUUCACCCACAGACAGUAGGAGAGCACAGUACUGACUAUUUCACUAUUGUAUCUGCUGGAUGCCUCCUGCAGACUGUCCUGAAGGUGGUUGGCUCAUGUAAAGGUCCUUUGGUGUCCCUGCACCAAUAUUCUGUGAACUUCGACUGGGUCAAUAUUGGGGAAAGUUUGAUGCAGAUGCUGAAAAUCAGCAACAUCUCAGAUGUCCCAGCAUAUUACCAGUUUGAUAUUGAUGGCAGAGAGAGCGUCUUCUCCUUGGACCGCCCAUGUGGAGUCUUGGAGGGCAAAACAACGCUAGCACUGAAGGUGACCUUUCGACCUACUCACCCCAUCAGCUAUCACCGCAGAGUGGUGUGCCUUGUCCACCAUCAGGAACCCCUGUAUGUGGACUUUUUUGGUACCUGUCAUUCAGACACAGCUAAGCCAGCCAUCCUUCAGGCAAGACACCUCUCCUGGUACCAAACCAACAUGGCGAGGGGACUGACCUUCUACCCCCCUGAUCUCCUGAGUGUGAUGCUGAAGGAUGGGAAGUUGCAGAGGGAUGAAAAGGGAGCCCUCAUGCUGCCCCCUGAGAUCACUGAGGACAACCCUCCCAAGGAAUACUCUGAAGCCAACUCCAUGGCUGAAUAUUUCUAUGAUGGUGUAAGCAGUGACCUGGCCUUGUUUCACCCUCAUGUUAGUGUCAGCCCCAGGGAGUAUGAUUUUGGCUGCUGCGUGCCGUUUCACAAGGUAGAACAGCUUCCUCUCUGUGUGACCAACCACACCAAAGGCAAGAUCACUGUUGCCUGGACUCUGAGGCAUGGCAGUGCCUUCCGAGUGAGCCCUGAAAUCUGCGACAUCCCACCUUUGAAGUCUUCAGCCUUCCGUGUCCUUUUCCAGCCUGCUCAGCUCAACAGUCUCUAUUCAGCCGAGCUGGAAGGUUUUGCCUUCUACAAGGUACUGAGACACUACAGCAAUAUUCAGGAGGAUGCUACCAUCUGUCCAUCCUGGUGCCUAACUGUCAGGCUGAGAGCACAUACGUAUGAGGCAGAACGGGAGCAUUUCAUCCCACAGUACAUCCUGGAUGUCCCCAAGACUUUUCCUCCUGUGGCUCCUAAUACUGAUACCUACUGCAGUAUGCUGCUCUUGAACACGGGCACCUCAUUGAUAACCUUCAGUGUGAACCAAGCUGCUUGUCCCUCUGUUUUGAUCAAGCCCCGCUCAGGACACAUUGUUCCAGGAGGCCACCAGAUUUUCUUUCUCUCCACUCACCCAGUUAACACAGUCUUGCAGCAGCAUGUCCUGCUUUUGCAGCUGAACUCUUGUCCUGGAUACACCAAGGAGAUUGCUCUCCGGAGUUGUGGGGAGUCCCUUCUUUUGCUCUUAGAAGGUGAAGGAAAUCUAUACUUCAAGCCUGCCUAUAUAGGGACCUCCUCUACACGAAUGUAUACCAUAAAAAACUGCACAAGGCUACCAAUGGUUUUCACAUGGAAGAUCAGUCAGUCUGACAGCAAGAUCCUGUCUGUCAGCCCCACUGCAGGCAUCCUCCAGCCCUAUGAAGCCAUGGCUCAGGCCUGGACUUUUACUCCUGACAAGGAGACCAAGUAUCUGCUGAGAGCUAUGGUGUUUGUGAGGAGGGAAAACUCAGACCCUGUGUCUCCCAAAAGUGUCCAUUAUGACUUAAGAAUUGUUGGAGAGGGGGUACUGGGCACAAUCAAGGCACAAAAGGAGCACCUGGACCUUGGAAACGUUCUGGUUGGUGACCUGCAAAGCUGCAGUGUUGUACUGCUAAAUGAUGGGAUCUGUUCUUUGAAGUAUGUCCUCAGCGUGGAACAACUGAUCACCGGGCCUUGUGACCCUGAGGAGGUCCGCAGUGACCCACUGGCUCUAGAGCUGGAACAGUCCAGAGGCACAAUCCCCGCAAGGUCAAAAGCUUUUGUCCAAAUAACAGUCAGGCCAGCCCGUCGACUGCAUUACACUUGGUCAAUCAAAUAUGCUAUUUGCGCACCCACAGCUACAGAUCUUGCAAAUACAGAAGAGGAGCAGCAGCCCCUCUGCUGCAUUGUAGCGACAGGUGUCUAUCCAACUUUCUGCAUCACAGAUGCCUGUUCAGCAGGGAGUGCCAGUGGUAUCAGCAAGUUGUACCUCUGGAGGCUCUUUUCCUUGGACACACUGAAUGAAUACCUGGAGCGAGACCCAACUCCCAGAGAGCUCACCUACAGAGUUCCCACAAGGCACAGCACAUGCUUGAUCCCUCGAGUGUACACCCCUCUCCUGCUGGAUUUCAACUUUGGGGCUGCCUCGAUAGGUUCAGAGCCUACCCUCGUGGUGCUCCUGCUGGCAAACAAGGGCGUGGUGCCUGUGGAGUGGGCCUUCUUGUUUCCUUCUGAUCAGAAGAUGGACAUGGAGCACUGGGCAGAGGAUGCUGAGUUUAGCCCCCAUGAGCUGCACCAGAUGAGAAUUCAGGAUAACCAGCUCUUCAGUGUUUCUCCAAAGUCAGGGAAACUUCUUCCAGGACAGGAGGAAUCUGUCCACCUCUCACACAGACAUGAUUUCGUUGGCACCGAUUACCUCCCUGUCCUGCUGAAGGUUUCCUAUGGCCAUGAGAUUCUGCUGAACUUCAGUGGCGUAACGGUGGAACAGGACCAGCGGUACCUUCAUUUUGCAUCCACAAAGCACAUCUUCACACCCAUUGCUGUUGGAACCUCCCACCCCCCCAGACAGAUUUAUGAACUCUACAAUGGCGGCUCCAUGCCUGUGAUGUUUGAGGUUCAGCUGGACAACCUUGUGAGGAUCCAGGAGGAGAAUUUUCAUCAUCCUGUGUUUGUCUGCCUAACUCCUAGAGGAGAAAUCCCCCCUGGCACAACAGGCCACAUUGAGUGGAUCUUCUCACCACUGGAAGCCAGAAUGUACUUGGUUGAUGUUCCCAUCCACGUCCUGGGGGGUGAAUCAGCUCUGAUCACCUUUCAGGGAAUAGGCUACAGUCCGAAUACUGUAGGAGACACUGCCACAUCCAGCAAAGUUCUGUCUACUUCAGUCUUUCCAGGUUCUACCAAGCUAACUGUGCCUGGGCAGGCAGCCACCUUGUCACACCAUAGGAUUUGCCUUGGAAAUAUCCCAGACUGCACCAAAGUCAGUCGACUUGUCUUUCUCAACAAUAUCUCGGAGAACAAAGCUGUUGUGUUUGCCUGGCAGAUAAGCACCUGUAAAGACAAGGGGAUGUUGCACAUUGCUCCAGAUUCAGGGCUUGUGCAGCCUGGAGAGAGCAUCCCUUGCUUUAUCACCCUGCAACCUUCAGGGAGUGCUUCCUUCUACAACAAAGAUCUGGUGUGUGAGGUCUACAUCCAGGAGUCCCUGAUUCAGUAUGAGAAGGACCUGCAGGAGUGGGAAAGGGCAAAGGAACAGCAGGCGGUGGAGUUCACCAUCACAGAGAAGGACCUUGAGACUAAGAAGAAGCCAAAGUCACCUGCAGAGAGGUCAUCAGAUUCUGCUGAGACAGAAAAUCUUCCUGAAUCCUCAGCUGUGAUCAGGAAAUUCAAGACACUACCCCCUAUUAAAAACCACCCUAUGCCCAAUCUGCCUGCUGGACACUUUCAGAGGAGGCUGCUGUUGGACAAAGAAGCCAGCCAGGUGUGGGUCAAACCAGAGUCCCCCAAGCCCAUCUUCUUACACCUUGGUGUGACAGCCAGGUCCUACUCUAUUGAAGAGUUCUUCAGCAACUUCACCUCGGAGUUCCCCAAAUACUUCUUGUCCUGCCCCUUCAGCAACUGGCCCUUGGAGAACAAGUUUGUGGACGGGAGUAGGGACAGAGACAGGAUGGACAUGGACCCCAAAUGGCUGUCCCUGGCUGCUGCUUCCAAACAGGAGCUGCAGAUAGUGACUGACAUACUCACAGGUACCAUCAGAGGCCUCUUGGAGAACACCCGGUUCCAUGAUGCAGUGAGAAAAUGCCUGGAUGAGCCCAUUCCGUAUUUCUCCCAGUUCCGGUGUGAAGAAUCAGCAGAGCUCCAGGACAGGAGACAGAUCCCCUUCAGGGUCUCUGCUUCCCCAGAUCUUUACCCUGAAAAGGAUGGAGAGAGGAAAGAAACAAGGCAGGAAACCUCUCCCAACAAUGAUUUGCUGGAGCCUUGGGAGAGGAUGAGUGAGAUUUUGCACCACGAGCAGUUGAGGGAGCAAAAGGAGAUGAUGAGCAGCCAGCCUUUGGGAACCUGGUGGAGCUGGUGCUGGAAAACACACUGCAGAAUAUCCUGAUUGAAGCCAGCCGUGGGGAGGUGGUGCUGACAGCCCGGCCCAGGGUCAUUUCUCUACCCCCCAGCCCUUCCCGAAGAAUCACCAAUUCAGCACCACCACCCCCAAGAGCGUAGCUGCCAGGCACUGUGCUGCUUGAGGUCUUUAAGCACAUCAACUCUCCACUCUUCAUCCCAUCCCUGUGAUGUCCAGAGCAACUCUGACCCUCCCACACCAUGACCUGAGCUCAGUAUGCUGGCUGCCUCUGAGAAGGUAUGUCCUGAUUCUGUCCUCAGCUCCAAUUUGAAUCCUCUCGCAACUGCACAGCAGAGUUCAUGAGAUCUCCUCUCCCUGUGGCUGACCACAUCAUCGGAGAAGAACAUCACUGCGCUACAGGAAGCACAUGGACAACCUCUGUGACUUCCCACUGCCCCCAGUCUGUACCAGCUGGAAGAGGAGUGGAAUCUACUUUGAAAUGUAGCUGAGGAAGUACUGGCAGCUGGGCAUUGAGGUGCUGAGCCCCUGUCAACAUCAGUAGCGUGCAGAUAUUUAUUCUUCCUCCCUUCCUUGCCCUAGUGGCUGCUGCAAGUCCCACGUCCAGAGACCCAGCCUGAGAGAGCAGCUGCAGCACCAUCUAGCACACUCGGCAGUCCAAUAAAAGGAGCUUGGCCUCUGGGCACACAGACACUGGCAUGUAACAUAUGUAAUCGAUGCAUCUGGGUUUGGGAACACCGUGGACAAGCUCUCCCCUUUUCAAACUGCAAAACUGUCACCUGGGGAAGGGGAUGCUAUGAGCCUUGGCCUGGCAUUGGGGUCUGGCAGGCUACAGGAGUCACUGUGAAAGAGCGGGGUUUGUCACAGCCGAGAGGUGGCGGUGUUAGUUGUGAGAAACCCCAGGUGCCAGCGCAGAGCUGGGCUGGUGCUGGGCACCGGCUGCCUGUUCCCUGGCAGAGGCUGCAGGCCGGCCGUGUCAGGCAGCGGGGCUGGCUUUGCAGCAUCUGCCCUCCUCUGCAGCCCUGCUAUGGGCUUUGCUCUACAGGGCUCACCCAGCCACCCUCCUGUGGUGGGGAUGCAGCUGAUAUCCCCCUCCAAACUCUCCUGCCUUGUUCCCAGUGCCAGCACCCAGCCAAGACCUUCUCCCCUUGCAGCUCAAGAGAAGACCAUGCAUGAGGAGCUGCAGAGGGCUUUGCUCGGCAGAGGGCAGAUGUUUGCUGUGCCGGGGGGUGCUGCAGCACACCCAGCACAACCCCAGCGCUACACUCUGUGCGGGAGCCCUACGUGCGUAACCGUUGCUAAGCCCCAGGGCCGAGCUGUUCCUGUUUUUAAAGAUAUAGCAAAGGCACUGCCAGCUCCUGAGCUCAGCCUGGGUGCCUGGGGCCUUCCCAUGGGUCCUGGGGCCUUCUCAUGAGAAGUGCAGACCCUCUACUCCCUCCCCAACACCCUGGGUGCCAGGUCCACAUCACAGCAGCUUCUCUGUCUUACUCUGGGCUUCAGCUGGUGCUGAACAAGCAAUGGGGUACCACCUUCUUCCUCUCCAGCUCGAGGCAGCAGAGGCACCUGGCUGUUCAGUCCAGUUGGGGUGACUGCCUGGUCCAGGCUCUUCACUAGGAUUUGCCCACUACAGAUGCUCUGUAGUCCUGUGACAGGCGUCCUAAGUGGGUAACGCAGGCAGGAAGAGGAGCCUUGCCAUUGUCCUAAAGCAGCUUGAAUCCAGCUGCCUGCAGGAGUCUAAGGGCAGCCUGGAGCAGUGGAGACAGGAUCGGUGAGUUUGCCCAUCUUCAGACCUGCUGCGUGAUCUGAUGCUCUGGGCUGCAUCACCAUUAACUCCUCUGCCUUGUGGGACAGAUGGGUCAACAUGGGGAAUGCUGUGUGUUAGUCUGGUGUAACAACCAAGGGUGAAUGGAUGGAGCCUGAGUGCAGACACAUGCGCAGGGAGGUAGGGGUUUUUUUGUCAUUAAAGCUCCUAUCCUCCCCACUCUCCUGUGCUGAAUGCAGUCUGGACCUGGGGGAAAAAGAACUCACACUGCGCUUUCCAGUUGGAGCACAGUCAGAGGUAAAUUCACUUCUCUGAUUAGUGUCUCUAGUAGGAAAGAGCCAUGAGACAGUGCCUUCAGCAGUGGCUGAGUCAGGGAACCAGACGUUUUAGAGCUACCUACACAUCUGAGAGAUAAAUCUUCCUUCCCUCGGCUCUUUGCAGGGGUGUGAGAUUGUGGUGUGUGAUGGUGGUGUGUCACCUCUAUUCUAGGUCUUUGCUGGUGCCUGUCAACCGGAACCACUCAG